CCUCCCGGCGGCUGGCGGCGCGCGCAAGGGCGGGGGUGGUGCGUGCGUGUGUGGUGUGUGUGUGUGUAGCUCUGGUGCGGAGCGCCAGACGCCAGUCCCCGGGUGCGAAUCCCCCACCGUCCUCCACCCUCCCUCCGUCCCCCCCCUCCUUCCCUUCCACCCUCCCGCGGCCCUACGGCCGCACACCGAACGACAGCCCUGGGAAGCAGGUGUGGGCAGCGGGCGGGGUCGCACGAGACAAAAGGGGCGCGGGGGUCGGCCCGCCAUGGCCUCCCGGAGCCUGGGGGGCCUGGGCGGGAACCGCGGCGGGGGCGGCGGCGGAGGCAGGAAGAGCCUGAGCGCCCGCAACGCCGCGGUGGAGAGGAGGAACCUGAUCACGGUGUGCAGGUUUUCUGUGAAGACCCUGAUUGACCGGUCCUGCUUUGAGACAAUUGAUGAUUCCUCUCCUGAAUUUAACAAUUUUGCUGCUAUUUUGGAACAGAUUCUAAGUCACCGGCUGAAAGAGAUUUCCCAAAGUUGCCGAUGGCUGGCUCAUCUCCAAAUACCUCUUCAAGGUCAAGUAACCUGGUUUGGUUAUGAAAGUCCUCGUAGCUUCUGGGACUAUAUCAGAGUGGCUUGCCGGAAAGUUUCACAGAACUGUAUCUGCAGCAUUGAAAAUAUGGAAAAUGUCAGUUCCUCUAGAGCUAAGGGUAGAGCCUGGAUCAGAGUAGCACUCAUGGAAAAACAUUUAUCUGAAUACAUCUCUACAGCUCUGAGAGACUUCAAAACAACCAGGAGAUUUUAUGAAGAUGGAGCAAUUGUCUUGGGUGAGGAAGCAAAUAUGCUUGCUGGCAUGCUGCUUGGACUCAAUGCUAUUGACUUCAGUUUCUGCCUGAAGGGAGAAGGAUUAGAUGGCAACUUUCCUGCUGUAAUAGACUAUACACCAUAUUUGAAGUUUACCCAAAGUUCUGACAGUAUCAGCAGUGAUGAGGAAGAGCUGAGGACUUUGGGAAGCAGUGGUAGUGAAAGCAGCACUCCAGAGACUGUCGGGCCUCCUUUCAUCAUGGAUGAGAAUAGUUGGUUCAACAAGUGUAAGAGAGUUAAACAAAAGUAUCAACUAACGCUGGAACAGAAGGGUUAUCUUGAAGAACUCUUACGACUUCGAGAGAACCAGCUGUCUGAAUCUGUCGCUCAGAAUAAAAUACUACUGCAAAGGAUUGAAGAUUCUGAUCUGGCUCAUAAAUUGGAGAAGGAACAAUUAGAAUAUAUAAUUGUGGAGCUUCAAGAUCAGCUGACUGUGCUAAAGAAUAAUGAUUUAAGAUCAAGACAAGAGUUAACUGCCCACCUCACCAACCAGUGGCCUUCCCCAGGAGCUCUGGAUGUCAAUGCUGUUGCCUUGGAUACGUUGCUUUACCGAAAACACAAUAAACAGUGGUAUGAAAAAAGUUGUCAAAGUCUUGACCAGUUAUCAGCUGAAGUUAGCCUUUCUCAGACUUCACUGGAUCCAGGUCAGUCACAAGGAGAUGGAAAACAAGACACAUUAAAUUUAAUCAGUGAAGGUAAAGAAGAUACUCCCUCAUUACUUGGUCUCUGUGGGUCUCUAACAUCAGUGGCAAGUUACAAAUCUCUAACAAGCCUAAAAUCUAAUGACUACCUUGCAAGUCCUACAACAGAGAUGACAAGUCCAGGUCUAACUCCAUCAUGAAAAAUUUUAUGUAAAAGUCAAAAGUUAUUAUGUUGCAAAUGUUCUAUUUAUGUAAGUUUGACUGCUGGGAAAACAUCUGGAAUUUUAUAUUGUUCUGGCACAUAUCUGGAAUUCUGUCGCUUAUAUUAGAGAAUUCAGUCCACUCCGUGUAAACUUCUGAGUGAAAAAAAAAAUGACGCUGCCACUUUUCAUUUUGAAAUUCCUAUAUUUGUCACUGAGGAAGGUUUAAAAAUGAAUAGGCUUUAAAAAAAACUUUCAGAGAACUUCUAAGUUAGUAAUCCAUGGCAAAUUGUACAUCUUUAUUAUUCAGCUGAUUUGCAUAUAUUUAAAUGUGUCAUAAUUGCCAGAGACCGAGUUCAAGGUUUUAUUCUAGAGACUUAAGCUAAGUAUUUUCUUUUGCUUUUAUUCAGUGAUUAAAUUUUCUAAGAAUGAGUUACUUCAUUUUUCAUGAAUUUCUUCCCAGGUUCUGCUAUUUAAAUGCCUUGUCUUUAAAGUGAAGAUAAAGGUUCUUAGCUGCAGUUUCACAGUGGCUUAUUCAGUUUUUCUUUAUCAUUUGGCAUCAACCUAACAUUCCACUUUAUAUAAAUUUUGUAGGAUGUAUCGUUAGGCAGUUACUAAAUUUGUUAGGGUCACAGGGAAAGUAUUUUACAGUAUUUUAGACCAUUGAGGUAAAGUGAAUACAUUUCUUGUUUUUGUUUUUCCAAGAUUUUCUUAAAAGUUUAUCAGUUUCAAAAUUGAUCAAAUUUGUCUCAUAAACUGGAAACAUUUAAAAAUGUAGAACAGAUGUUGAAAAAGUAUUUUAUCAGGAAAGAGUUCAAGUUCAUUUAAGGAUCUGAGAAGCUUUUAAAGUAAGGCUCAGUAGGCUAAUCACCAUACUUAACAAUAUGUGUGACAUCCAGUGUUUUCCUGCCUUGUAUGCAAGAAUGAAUUGUCAUACAUGCUUUACAGCUUGUCAUUAAUCAUAACAUAAUCAUUUAAAAAUUGAUGUUAAUGUUAAAAAUUACUCCACUUCUACAAGUAAAAAAUUAGUUUUUUUUUUUAAAGCCGUGAGCCGUCUUUUAAAUUUUUGCAAAUUUUGGAACUGUACAUUUGUCCCUAAAAAUUCCACCAUAUUGAAAGAGAAAAUGUAUGAAGUGUAUUUUCUACAGUAAGUAAUAUGAGGAAAACAUGAUCAGCUGUGCCAAAGAAGUUUUAUACAUUGUUUACAUGAGGCUAGUAUAGUACUUACUGGGGACUUCAUAUGCUAUUUUUAUUUGUUAACAUUACAUUCAAACUUAGUAACUUUGACAUAUAGAAUGAAUGUUCCUCCUAAAAUUUUUUAUUGAGAGGAGACAAGAAGCACUUGUUAGUCAUUCUUUGUAUUAGAAACGUGGGGGGCUUCCCUGGUGGCACAGUGGUUGCGAGUCCGCCUGCCGAUGCAGGGGACGUGGGUUCGUGCCCCAGUCCGGGAAGAUCCCACAUGCCGCAGAGCAGCUGGGCCCAUGAGCCAUGGCCGCUGAGCCUGCGCGUCCGGAGCCUGCGCUCCG